AUGGACUUUUGGUCGCGCUUAAUCGCUGGAACUUCCCUCGCUCCGGGAGGAAAUAAAGGAGCAUCAAACAAUCCAGAGAAGCGUCUGGCACGCUUUAAGCGGGAAUACAGUUCUCUCCUAACGACAUGGAGAGGCACUCCGAACUUGGCAAAAGACGCCGAUGCCGCUGAGAAGAUACAGCAGAGUCUCCAGGACCUGACUACAAUACUUAGCGAUGAAUCGAGACGACCCUUACCCCAUCCAUGCAUCGUCUUUGCAUCUUCGAAGCAGAUAUAUAUACCCAUAGGCAAGAUUGCCACCAUCUCAUAUCAUGAAGGCAUCAUAAGGGAAGGAGUGGGCUUUUUCGCAACACUUAUAGAUAGUGAGGAGGAGAACUUUGUAGAGAAUGAGGCAUUCUCCAAGAGUUUGAUGAAUUUGUUGGUUCGAAUUACCGGAGCGAACAGCAUAAGACUAUCUUCGGACACGGAGUCGGAAGUCGUGGAACUGUCCUUCAAUAUUACGACAAAAAUCAGGCUCGAUCCAGAGAUACUUCCGGCGUGGUUUACUGCACAAGCACGGGAGGACGACUCAGACGGACAGGACGCACAUGAAAAAUUUACCGGUAAAACUCAUAAGGAGGAUUUCCCGCUAUUCUAUCUGCUGAUAGAUUAUAUACACCAUGAGGGAAGGGUUGGGGAUUUCGCGAGGACCGGACUGUUAUACAUCAUUGAGGCUGCUUCAAAUUCUGUGGCUUUGGAGCAAUGGAUUGUGGAGAGCGAUUUAGCGACUCUUAUGGCUACAGGCUUGGGAGCUUUAUACAGCCAGUUGAGUCGGAAGCUGGUUAUCGAUUAUCCUUUGGGCCAAUUACCUCCUAUACUGGCGUUGUCGGAUUACGAGCAUCCUGUUGAAACUUCAGAAAUUGUUUCUUCGGCGUCUCCGGACUUUCAGAGUCAUAUGGAAACAUUUCUAUCACAUCUGGUCUUUUGGCAAGAUGUCUUGAACCAUUGCAAGUCGGUAGAGGUCAAACAGACUCUUCUUGAGCACUUUCAGGUCAUUUUCUUGCAACAAUUAUUAUACCCAUCUCUUUUGGAGUCCUCUGAUGUUGAUGGAGGCUCUUCUGUAGCCGUGCUUACAUACCUGCGGCGAAUACUGGAGUCACUUGAGCACCCGGAUAUGAUACACCUCAUUCUACAUUACCUUCUAGCUCUUCCAGACUCCACGCCGGCUCCUAGUGGAUCUCGCGCAUCUAUUAGUGCUGCCAGAAAGCGAAAGUCUCUAGACCUUGCGACCAUGAUGGCCACGCAUAUCGAAGUAGACACAACCCCGGCUCUGUUCAAUCUGGUUGAUUUAAUACAGACAAGUCUUAAAUCAGAAAGUGAACAGACUGUCUCGACUACAUUGCAACUUGUAUCUGUAAUAUUGAAGCGGCAUCACCGAUAUGCUGUCACGACACUCUUGUGGACUAGCCAGAUCCUGUCGGAUGGCCCACAACGCACCAUUGGCGCCCACGACCAAGAGAUGGAAUUCUUGCUUCAUCUUGCAGGAGGAGUUGGUGGAGAUGACAACUUUGAUGAUGUUUAUGAAAACCAUGUUAAAGACAGUAUGAGCACACUGGAAAGCCAUCCUUGCUCUAUUCCCCUUCUCGCGCCUAAAGCAAUUGGCAGCACGAUGAAGUUUCCCGGCUCUCAAGCGACGAUACCCGGCGCUCCUCGCGACAUCCGAAGCCAUACCUUGCGCCCAGAGGACCCAAUGCUGAAGACUUUAAAUCUUAUUCUUUCGACCUUCUUCACAAACUCAUUGGAGACCAAUCUGUCUCUCACAGGCGCUAUUGUGGAUUUAGCGGCUUGCGGGUUUAUGCGUAUAGAUGGGUGGCUGCUCCCAGACCCGUCAAAAUACACGUACGAAGAUGAAGAAGCUGAGAUAGAAGAUCCGUAUCUCAUCAACUCCGGGGAUGCAAUUGAUAUUGAAGAAAGAGCACAAGUGAAAGCCUUACGCAAAAUGAGGAGGACACCGAUAUGGAAUGCGUCAAGACUUCCAGCAUUUUUGACACAACUCGAAGCUUUGGUUGACCAAAUUCAAGAAUACCGCGCCUCUAUUCCCCGCUUUGACGAGCUUCUCCAACAGCGGCGCGAGGCUUUUAUUGCCGCCUCAUCUAAUGAUGCGACACCAAUGCCUCCCAGGCAACAGCCAAGCCAGUCGAAAGAGUCCUCUCGUUCCACAUCUCCCCGAAUGCGAAGCGGUUUCGACACGCUCGCGCAGCGUAUAUUUCCUGAACUUGGCACCCCAUCUCGGUCCAACUCUCCUCGCGGCCGUCGAAGUCAAGACCAACAGCGAAGCAGCAACUCUGGCUUCCCAACUCUAACUAGUGGUUACGGCCUCAAUACACCCACAAACGGAAGAAAUCCACCUCCUACAUCUCAUCCGAACAGUGAUACACCGUCCCGUGACAGUUCACGAGCAUUCUCACCCAGUCCUCUACGAGCUGACCAGGAAACCCUUCGAGGGGUUGAUAUUCCAUCAAGUCAGACUGCCGCGUUCGCAGCUGUCGAUCAAUCCAUCCUCGCGCGGAAGGUCAGUUUGCCAAUACCUAAGGCAGAGGUAGCACCCAUUCCAUUUCCUAACUUGAAAGCGGGCGCCACGACGAUUGAUGGAUCGGGUGAAAGUAUCAUUGCUGAUCAAGAACUUGCGACUAUUGGUAUUAAAACCGAAGAUGUUAAAUCCGCCGACAUUCUGGGAGCUGGGGAGAAAGAGGUUACCGUCAGCCAUAUCCUGACGAAUGUUCUUGUGUUGCAGGAAUUUAUCUUGGAGAUUGCGGCGUUGGUGCAAGUUAGAGCCGGGCUGUUUGGGGAGGUGAGGUUUGUGUAA